UUUCCUUUUAAUUUACACAAUUAAGAGAAAAGAAGGCACUUCUUUUAUUCUUUUGUUCCCUCCCUCCCUCCCACAUAAGAGAAGUUUAAUGGCGCCGCGAAAGAGAAAAUUUGAUGAAAUCAACAAAUCAGACAAGAAGUUUUCAGAACGCAAACUCAGUCUCUUCAACAAAGUAACAGAGCUCUCUGUUUUGUGCAAUGCAAAAACAGCACUCAUCAUCAUGUCACCUGACAAUAAACUCUAUACAUGUGGCUAUCCUAAUUGUGACUCCGUUGUUAAACAAUUUUUGACCGGAAAAGACAUGGUGGAAGACGGUGAGAAAAAGAAGCAAGAAGAGAUUGUUGAAACUCUAAGGUUUGAAUAUGAGGCAAUUGAAGAGAAACUUGAAGAAGAAGAUAAGAAUUUGAAAGCUAUGAUUGGUGGUGAGAAGAAAGAGAAUAGUGAUUCUAUUUACCCUUGGUGGUGUGAUUCUAUUGAUGAUAUGAAUUUAGAAUCUCUUGAAGAAUUCAAGGCUUCUUUACAAAAUUUGAGGCUCAAUUUAGGUUCCGCGAUGGACGAAAAGAAAUUAACCAAUUUAGGCUCAAAUUUAAUGUAAUACCUUAUUGAUCGAAUGAUAUAUAUAUAUAUAGAAUUUAGUUAGUUAUGAUCAAUUAAUGUGUACAAUUCAUUAACUCAUUGUCAAAUAUUGAUCGUGCAAAUUUAAUGCAAUGUUUUGU